GAGCCUACGCAUAUAUACGACGGAGCUAUAUGGAUUAUUAUAAAAUGAGUGGAAUUAGAAAAGCUACAUAUGUAGGCUUAGUAGUUUUUGUUUUAGUGAAUAUUUCCUCAUAUAUAAAUGAUGAAAAACAUUAUGCAAAAGCUACAUUAAAUGAUGCCAUUGUACAAAAUAUAUUAGCAAAUAAAAUCAAUCAGUUGCAACAAAAGCAAAUAAAAUUUUGCAGAAGUAACAUCGCAACAUUAACAGCAUUAUUAUCGUAUGCUUGCACUCAGGCUCAAACUAACACAACGUCUAGAGCAGCAUGUAUAUCCUGCUUUACAGCUGCAACAGCAAAUGUGUUGUCACCCACAUUGCUCUCAAGUUUACUACCAUGUGCCACGUUGUAUUUUAAUACUGGAAAUUACGCAGCUUGCGUCACCACGUUGCAGUCAGCAGUUACCACAAAUGUUCAAGUUAAUUCCACCACAGGUUGCCCGACUGGAUAUUGUACAUUUGUUCAAUGUUUACGGAAAGUUCAAGCUAAUGCAUUGGUAGAUAUGUGUUAUAUGAAUUCAAUCACAGGAAAUAAUCUUAACGAAGCAGCUGGACGAACGAAUCAUUACUUAUUAACGACAUCAUGCAUAUUAGCAAUGACACGUUGUAAUCCAACCAAUCCCAUAUCGGGUGCAGCCCAAAAUAUUAAUACCACACCAGUUUAUAAUUCACUACAAGUUUCGAGAAAUGGUGAUUUACGUAUUAUAACUGUUCCCCGUUCUUGUUGCGGAACGGCAUCAGGAUAUUGUUUAGCAGACACAACUCUAACGCAAUCAGGCUGGGGAACAAUUAUAUGUUGAUGUA